UCGUUCUUCACACGACAUUAACGUAAAAAGAGAGAAAUGAUGUCUAUCUUCUUCAGUUUCCUUUGCCUCUUUCCCAUAUUCAUAGUUUCCUUUUUCUUCUUAUCAAAAAAGCUAAAACCCUCAAAAUGGAAACUUCCUCCGAGCCCAUCAAGCUUUCCAAUCAUAGGACACUUACACCACAUCACUGGUUUACCUCAUAUCUGCCUCCACAAGCUCUCCAUCAAAUACGGACCAGUGAUGCGUCUUCGUCUCGGGUCAUUUCCAAUGGUUGUGGUCUCCACAAGCGAAACAGCUGAGGAAGUGUAUAAAACCUAUAACUUGGAAUGCUCCGGUAGAUCGGAGCUGGUUGGGGCCGAGAAACUCUCUUAUGGAUUCAAAGACAUCGCUUUUAGGCAAUAUGGUGAGUACUGGAGAGAGAUGAGGAAAGUCGCGGUCGUCGAGCUUUUUAGCCUCAAGAAGGUACAAUCUUUUAGGUAUAUAAGAGAGGAAGAGAACCAACUGAUGGUGAAGAAAGUGUCGGAAUCAUUACAAUCUCCUGUGGACCUAAGCAAAACGUUUUUCUCUCUUACCGCGAGCAUCAUUUGUAGAGUAGCCUUGGGACAGAACUUCCAUAAUUGUGAGUUCAUCGAUCAGGAGAAGAUCAAAGAGCUGAUUUCCGACGGAGCUGAUGCUCUAGCGAAUUUCACUUUCACUGACUUGUUCCCUGGUGUAUUUGGAAGAUCCAUAGAUUGGUUGUUUGGUAGCCACAAGAAGCUGAACAAAGUCUUUAAGGAGCUUGAUGAGUUUUACCAGCAUGUGAUUGAUGAUCACUUGAAGGAAUCAUCAGAAGGUAAAACUUCGGAUUCUUCAGGGGAUAUUGUCUCCGUAAUGCUGGAUCUUAUCAACAAACAAGGAAAGGAUGAUAAGUUCAAGCUCAGUAUCGAUAAUAUCAAGGCAGUGCUCAUGAAUAUAUUUAUUGCGGGAAUAGAUACAAGUGCCGUAACGUUGAUCUGGACGAUGACAGAACUCGCUAGAAACCCGAGAGUGAUGAACAAAUUACAAGAAGAGAUCCGAAACACACUUGGUCCCGGAAAGAAGAUCAUAACCGAAGAAGACGUCAACAAAGUAGAUUACUUACAACUCGUAUUCAAAGAAACAUUCAGAUUGCACCCACCGGUUCCACUAGGUGCUAGACAAACAAUGUCUCACAUCAAAAUCCAAGGCUACGAUAUUCCCCCAAAUACACCCAUUCAAAUCAACACAUGGACGAUCGGACGUGACCCUAAGCAAUGGACUGACCCCGAAGAUUUCAUCCCUGAACGGUUUGUCAAUAGUUCUAUAGACUAUAAAGGGCAAAAUUUUAAUUUAUUACCGUUUGGGUCUGGUCGAAGGAUGUGUCCAGGAAUGUCAAUGGCGAUUCCUGGUUUAGAAUUGGCAAUGUUGAGUUUGCUUUACUUCUUUGACUGGAGAUUGCCUGAUGGGAUGAAAACUGAGGACAUUGAUAUGGAAGAAACUGGUGUUUUCUCAGUAAUCAAGAAGCUACCUCUCAUACUUGUACCGGUUCCGCGACAAUAAUGACAACGAUUUCAGAGCUUUUAAUUUUCUUGUUUUUUUUUUUGGUCUUUUGUCUUUAAUGAUGUGUGGUGUAAUACAAUAAUACUAUAAUAGUUUUUUCAAGGAAUAAUAUUAGACAAUAAUGCAAUAUUGUUUUCAAGAAAUUUAAUUCUUAA